CUCUAAACAGCUCACAUCUACCAAUUUCACAAUCAGCGGUUUGCCGAGUAGUUUUUCCAACCGCCAAACCACUCCCCCUCUUUCUCUCUCUACAUGAUAGAGAGAGAGAGAGAAAGCUCUGAGCUCCCUAUAUAAGUUGCCCCCUUUCUCUCUCUUCAAUUUUUGUUUUCUUCCCGGUGGUCUGGAGGCCACCUCUCCCUAUAUAUACACACAAACACAUACAUAUAUGUAUAUAUGCUAGCAUUAAUCUCUCUCUUUCUCUCUCUGUUUACAAAAUCAACACCUGAUUAUAAAAAUAUUUUGUAUCAGGUAUUUUGAAUUUCUGUUUAGUUUCUGUCCAUGUAGUUACAGAUUGUAAUAGUUCUUCACCGGUAAAUAUAUCUCCGUUGUUUCUCUCUCAACAUAUUUUAUGUAUGUAUAGAUACAAAUGAUGACAGUACUAGUGUGAGAGUGUAUUGUCGAUGGCGUUUCCAAACCAUCUCUCACAAGAAAUGGCUUUACAACAUUUCUCUGACCAACAUUUAGGUGAAAACGCUUCGGUUCUGCGAACUAUAAUACCUGAACAGCUCGGUCAAUCUUCGCCGGACGGUGGAGGUAGGGACCACAAGGACAUACAGAGGCUCAUCUUGGAGUCGGCCGGAAAAACGCCGGAGCAUCACCAUCAGUCGCCGCAACAACAGGCGUCGCAAGUCGGUGUCGGUCCGACGUGGCUCAACAGCGCGAUUCUCCGGCAACAGAGCCAGUACAGCGACGGCAAUUUCCUCAAUUUGCACACAAAUAAUUCUGAAUCCAUGGCUUCGCAGGCGUCGAAUCAGUGGCUCUCGAGAUCGAUUCUUCAGCGGAAUGUCAGCGAUGUUAGGGACGACGUUCAGGUCUCUAACGAUUCGAUGAUCGCCGCUGCUAUGUCACACGAUUCAGCCGAUUUGAACGACAAUAACAAUGGUAAUAGGAACAUCGGAAGCAAUCAGGUGGAGAACAAUGGCGGAGGCGGCGGAGGACAGAUAGCAGACAGCGAAGUCGGCGGUGGCGGCGGCGGUGGAGUGAUGAAUUGGCAAAAUGCGAGGCAUAAAGCCGAAAUACUGUCGCAUCCGCUUUACGAGCAGUUGUUGUCGGCGCAUGUGGCGUGUCUGCGUAUUGCGACGCCGGUUGAUCAGUUGCCAAGGAUCGAUGCGCAGCUCGAACAGUCACAGAGCGUCGUCUCCAAGUAUUCGGCUCUCGGACAUGGUAAUCUAGGUGAUGAUAAGGAGCUUGAUCAGUUCAUGACACAUUACGUCCUGUUGCUUUGUUCUUUUAAAGAACAACUGCAACAACAUGUUCGUGUUCAUGCAAUGGAAGCAGUAAUGGCUUGCUGGGAGAUUGAGCAAUCUCUACAAAGCUUAACAGGAGUCUCUCCUGGAGAAGGCACAGGUGCAACAAUGUCUGAUGACGACGACGACCAGGUAGAUAGUGAUGCCAACUUGUUUGAUGGAAGUUUGGACGGUCAUGACAGCAUGGGAUUUGGUCCUCUAAUCCCAACAGAGAGUGAGAGAUCCUUGAUGGAGCGUGUAAGACAAGAACUGAAGCAUGAACUGAAACAAGGUUACAAGGAAAAACUAGUGGAUAUUAGGGAGGAAAUUUUACGCAAGAGAAGGGCGGGGAAACUACCUGGUGAUACCACCUCUGUCUUAAAAGCUUGGUGGCAAUCACAUUCCAAGUGGCCAUACCCAACAGAGGAAGAUAAAGCAAGAUUAGUACAGGAAACGGGCUUGCAGUUGAAGCAGAUAAAUAAUUGGUUCAUCAAUCAGAGGAAAAGGAACUGGCACAGUAACCCUUCUACUUCUACGGUCCUGAAGAGCAAGCGCAAAAGGGAUGUCCACCAAUUUUAAUUUGUAAACGAAGUAAUGCAGGUGAUAACAGUGGUGAUCGUUUCGUGUAAGUGAAGGACAAACCAGAAAGACAAAAUCUUUUGACAUGCUUCGCCUCCAGUAAUUCAUACAGCAGCAAUACACCUGUUUACAUAGAAAAUUCGACACUAUAAGGCUUGAUGUGAACCUUAUGGGAUUCAAGUAAAAAGAUGACCGCGAUCGUGCUUCUCUAGGAAAGGUGGUUAGCGGUGCUGAGAAGGCGAUGAUGAAGAAUAAUAUUUUUGCCACGUUCAUGUGUGUUAGAAUUCUAAAGAAUAUAUGACCAAAACUUAGUUUGACAGUUCGUCGUACAUUGGUACAUACAAGAUUUUUGUUUAUCGUUUUUGUAUAAAUAAAUUUAGCUACGAGGUAUGGAUGUAGAGUAAGAUAAUAAUUUCUGGCAUGAUUCCUCGGAUACUAUAGUGUAAAAAAUAGAUUUGUUACAUGUAUGGAUGUACAAAUGCUUGCAAUCUUCUUGGUUAUCAUUCAACAUACUUUUAACACCAUUUCAAGUUUUCAAGUUGUCGAGUGUGCCUUUUCUUUC